GUGAGAAUCAGAAUCCACAAUCUCAAACUCACAACAACGAUUUACGUUUCAAGAUUGAUCUAACGGAAACAACACCAAGCCGUACCCUUUACCCUGGUCAAUUUAUUGCAAUUUAUUUAAAAAUAAAAAAAUAAUUGGAGAUGUUUGUCAGCUUAACGCAUCUAAAAAACACUCCUUUUAGCUUUUUGUGCGCACGAACAAAGCCAAUUGAUUUCUAAUUCAUUAUCACUGACUCCAGAACCCGAUCUCAUCAGGUCAUUGUAUUUUUUGCUCUAGAGAAUACAGGAGCGAUUAGCAGUUUAUUUGAUAUCCUUUUACAAUUGUAAAAUUCAGGAUAUGGCUGAGAAAUCAUGCGUCAAACGCCUUCAGAAAGAGUAUAGAGCGCUCUGCAAAGAACCAGUUUCCCAUGUUGUGGCUCAUCCUUCCCCAAAUGAUAUUCUCGAAUGGCAUUAUGUGUUGGAGGGAAGUGAAGGAACACCUUUUGCAGGUGGAUAUUACUAUGGGAAGAUCAAAUUUCCUCCAGAGUAUCCAUACAAGCCUCCAGGAAUUACCAUGGUUACUCCCAGUGGACGCUUCAUGACGCAGCGGAAAUUAUGCUUAUCUAUGAGUGAUUUUCAUCCGGAAACUUGGAAUCCUAUGUGGUCUGUAUCGAGCAUACUUCAAGGGCUUCUUUCAUUCAUGAUGGACAACAGCCCUACAACCGGCAGCGUGAACAGUACUGUUGGGGAGAAGCAACGUUUGGCAAAGGCUUCUCUUGCUUUCAAUUGUAAGAACGCUACAUUUCGGAAAAUGUUUCCCGAGUAUGUGGAUAAGUAUAACCAGCAGCAGCAGCAACUUAUUCCAGAGCAGGUGCCCGCGGAUACAUCGGAGAUAGACAAGUCCAAGCCCUUGUUAGAAAAGGUUAAUGAUUCAGCGGGAGAUGUGAAAAGAGUAGAUGAUUGGAAGGACGGGAGGAAAGACAGAAAACAGUCAAUACCAACUUGGAUGUUGUUGUUGCUGGUUUCUAUCUUUGGCCUUGUGAUGGCACUUCCGCUUAUACAACUUUAGUAUCAAUGAUAAGUGGAAAAUAUACCGUGGUCAGUCGAGAUAAGCUUAUGCAAGUUAAGAGACUAAAUCAAAAUGCUCCUUAGUUUUGUGCUGUAUCUAACAUGAUUUUGUAUAGAGGACUACCAAGGAGACUCAGUUGAGUCACUUGACUGAUGUUUCAUCUUCUAUGUCAAUGUUUGGUAGUUUCUCUAGUCAAUGUUUCAACAUGACAUGCCUAUGAUAUCUUGUUAUAGUAUUAGUGGGAGUUUCUGUUUGGGACUCUUUGCUGGUAUUAUAACACUACACGAGCACACUAAAUUUUUUUUUUUUUUUUUUUUUUUUUUUUUUUUUUUUUUUUUUUAUGCUUCUUCUUACUCUACCUAUUUGUUUUGUAAUCAAACCAUGCAUGUAAAAUUAAGAGCCCUUUUGGUUCAUGGAUUAGAACUAUUUUCGAUUUA